AACCCGGAAGUACAAAGCAAACAAUCUGCCAAACAAAAGCCUCAGGAAGUCGCAUGCUUUGCUACGAGGGGAAAAAAAGGGGGAAUUCAAGGGUGGGAAGAUGGCACACAAGAAAAAGCGGAUAUGAAAUUGGAUUCAAGGGAUAUUAAUGAAAUCAGAGUGAAAUACUGUCGAUGAUUAAUCGCAGGUUUCUUCCUCGGUCCGUGAGUAACACUGUGGCUGUCGCCUUGGUGGGGUUCCUUCUUAGCAGCCGGUGAAAUGACAUUUUUUCUUGCAUGUCUGCUUUCUUUGUUGUGUUUAAGAGAAGUUUAGCUGUCAUCAGUUAUCGAGGCGUUUACGUGGAGUUGAAAAACUUCAACCCGAGACUGGUUACGUGUUUAAACCCCCUCACAUCUGCACUCGUAUUGCUAACUCGCUAGCUGGAAGUUUGUUUACUACAAUGACUGUGGCGGUGUUUUUCGGCUGUGCUUUUAUAGCAUUCGGCCCUGCUUUCGCCCUUUUUAUUUUCACCAUCGCCAGAGAUCCACUGCGAGUCAUCAUCCUGAUCGCGGGUGCUUUCUUCUGGCUCCUGUCCCUCCUGUUAUCCUCUCUGGUUUGGUUCAUUGCUGUGAAAGCGAGCAAUGCAGACGAUGCCAAGUUACAGAAGGGUCUGCUGGUAUUCGGGGUCGUGUUCUCAGUCCUACUUCAGGAAGUUUUCCGAUUUGCCUACUACAGGCUACUCAGGAAGGCUAAUGAAGGCCUGGUGGCUAUUAGCGAUGAAGAAACGUCACCCAUUUCUGUCCAGCAAAUGGCUUAUGUGGCAGGGCUCGGCUUCGGGAUAAUUAGCGGUGCUUUCUCCAUGAUCAACAUCCUGUCUGACUCUUUGGGCCCAGGUACUGUGGGCAUCUUUGGAGACUCUCAGUACUAUUUUAUCACCUCAGCUCUGAUGACUCUGGCUAUGACAUUGCUGCACACGUUCUGGGGCGUGGUGUUCUUUGAGGGCUGCGAGAAGAGCCGCUGGUGGGUCAUUGCUGUGGUAGUGUGUCUCCAUCUGCUGGUCUCCAGUCUGUCUCUGAUGAACCCGCUGUAUGAAGGCAGUCUGCCUCCUGUGUACCUUCUAACGGUGGCCAUGGCUGUGUGGGCGUUCUUCUCUUCAGGAGGGUCUCUGAACAGCCUCUCCCAGUUCUGCACGCGUAAGAAGACCGAAGCAGCGUCUUCGUAAGGCAGCCGAGUCCUGACCUCGCAGCGAGAUACGGGCAGUUUGUUGGAAGGCUGCAUUCACUGCUUUGAUCGAAGUAACCGAAGCAGCUGGAGCAAGAACAGUAGCAGCAGCCGUCUGUUCUGAUGAUGGCCCUGGGGUUGAACUCGAACCCCCACCAACAGGGCUGCCUUACAGGUUAUAGGACUCUCAGAUCAUGCUCAGUGUAAAUAGCUUGACAUCUUUACACACAUCAGAAUCCAUGCUUUUAAUGAAUUCCUUUGAUCGCGAAGCAAGCAUUUCAGUGUAGUAUUUCACAUAUAGCGCAGUGUUUUUUGUUAAAUCGCAUCGUUUUUGUGUUACUUUUUCUUAUUUUCUCUGGUGAAAGUGUAAUGUAAAUAUUAAAAGUAAGCUUCAGGAGGAUUUUUUUUGCUUUUUUUUCUUAAAUCAAAGGUAGGAGAAAGGGCCUGGGGCUAGACUGUGUCUUCCUUACAGUCUUGAUUUGUCCCAUUUAAACUAGACUGGAAAUAGUUCACUUCUCUAGAAAAGGUAAACGUGAACAUUGAACCUGAAAUAAAUGACUCUAAUGUUAUGUCGAGCCAAAUAUGAUGGAGAGAGAUAAGAUGCAACACUUUUUUCCCCCCCUCCUCUCCAAUGUGUAUUUUACAAAGUUAUUCUUCUCCCUAAAAACACGACCUUUUCACAGUCAUACCACUAUUAAUGCGUUUUGCGUUUGAACUGCAGUACAGCAAACACAUUAGGCCAUGAUCGACUGCAUGGUGUUAAUGCAUCAUCAAAAACCUGGCCAUGAAAGCUGCCACCUGGUUGUUUGUUGUUGAAUGAUAAUGAAUCCAGACUUUAAAGCCAAAUCAAAGCCGUUGGUCUGAUGCAAGCCGGUCCCAGGCAAAUGUCGAGACGUUUCAGCUGCUAAUGCGCCCCCUUAAUAACACUGCACACACCACAGUGGAUCAGCAGUUCAACAAUUUCCUUUUCACACAUUUUAGCGUUCAUUAAUUCAGUGAAUCCUUUGAGCAGAGAGCCUGAUGCUUUUGCUCUGAUCAAACGCCACAUGGAUGGACAUUCCUCCGUUUGAUGAGUUCUACAUUGGGGCAAACGUAUGCAAUGGGAAUGUUCAAAGUAUGUCCUCAGAGGCAGUCCACUGGCAAAUAUGUUGAAUCGUCUACUGUGUAUAUAUACUAAUUAUACAGAAUUAGCGUUGUAAUUUGUGUCUCUUGCAUUAAUUCAUCAAAAUCUGUCUCUACGUGUUCCUCAGCUUUGAGAGUUCGAUUAACAAGUCCGUCUGAACCACUGGUCAGCAGGAGUCAGGAACACGCGUCCUACUUAAUGUAGCAGAGAAUCCACCUGCGUCCUCUUAGGGCCCCCUCCCUCGCAUUUUCUCUACUAACAGACUGUUGAGGGCUUCAUUUUUAAGAUCUCUCAAACUUUUUUCUCUUGUGUAACUGGGUGCAAACAUGUUCCUGUAGACAACAAGCAAUAACAGCUCUUUCUAGCGUUUGGUUCUACCGCUUCAAACACUGGUGCUGGCUUGUGUUAUUUCAGGAAACAUUCUGUGAUUUUGUGUUUUUCAUUUCAAUGUAAUGUUCACUCUCUGUCAUGGAUGAACAAGAGCUUUUUUUUUUUUUUAAAUGCCCAUAUGGUUAUUUAACCAACAUAAUGCUGCUUUGCUCUUUGUGAGAUUAUUUGUUUGAAACUGUUUGACUUUCCACUGGAUUUGUUUCGCCGCUCAAAGAACAGGUUCCAGACCAGCACGCUGAUAACAUGUGUCCAUAAUCACAUCUGUCAUGGUUGUAAUAUAAAUCUGUGCCAUUUAAAGAAGAGGGUUUUUUUGUUUUGUUUUUUUGUUAGUAGAACUAUUCAUUAAGGUACGUCGUGAGCCUGAACGGAUUUUAGUGAUUUUGAUUUCUCCAAUUUUAUUUUGGCACAGCCAUUUUGUACCUGGCUAACUGGUACCACAUCAUACAACAGUACAGCCUUUGUCUCAGGACUCACUGUGUAAUUAAGAACAAGCAACCUGAUGUUCUGGACUAGUCCAAGGCAGCUUCAUCUUUCUGAGGCACAGCUGGAUUUUAAUAGCUACCUAGAACAUAUCAUCUCUCUGGGCAUUUCUCAGUCCUAAAUAAAAAGCCACCUUCAGUAUGCACCAAGUUCAGCAGAAGAA